UUUUCGAGUUUGCGAAUCAGUGGCUGAAGGAGCACGAAUUUCUCCCCUCGUGCGGGAAGAUGCAGAAGGGGAGAAUCUUGUUUGUGGAACUCCUUUAUGCACUGCAAAAGUAUCGUACUCGUAAAAAUGCAUUACAAAUUUCCUCAGAAUGAGAAAUAAAAUUUGUAAUGCGGAUUUGACUUAACAAAAAGAUUUGCAAUGCAUGAUUGCAAUACGAGUGCGAUACUUUUGCACAGGAUAUCCUUUUGCAGGACGUGAGUGAGGAUUUCGCCUUGGUGAACAAGCUGUACUAUCCUCAGCACAAACGUCUCCACCCCAGAGUUGUCAUGCAAAUGUGCAAUGGCGGGAACAUUUGUAAUGCGCAUCUCCAUGAGAGGCAUUUCCAGUCGUGUUUUGGUAUUUGUCACGCUGUAAGCACGAUCAGAAACUGGCCUUCUCAUGCGGCUCCCCGUGCUAACAAGCACUGCACUGCAGAUGGAAACUUGUCAUGCACAAUUUCCAAAACUUGGAGAUCUGUGUUGCAGAUUUACCAACGUGGCUCUGGUGUGGGGACGUUUUUGCUCAGGAUAUGUACAGCCAGAAAUUCCUCCCUCUCAACAUUGUCAAUUCGAACAACAAUUCCGCCGGGCGCGGGCCCCCGGCCCGGGUCUGUGUCGAGGCGGACCUGCCGGCGGGGGUGCGAGUGAGACUGCGGUUUUUCGGCUGUGUGACGCAUUCCUCGGCAGAAACGGACUGGAAUCUGAGGUCCAUGGGAUCAUCAUCGGGGAUGUUCUUGGGAGGAUUCUGUAGUAGCAGUUCAUCUGCACCGGUGUCCUCUACUUUUUCGGGCAUGGCAGCAGGCAAAAAUAGUUUCUCUACUACGACCAUCACCGGCUGGCCUGGG